AGGCACCAAAGCGCGUCCGAGUUCAUUGCAAUGAAUAACUUUGGGAUUCAACCAGUGAGUUACCAUCAUCUCUCUGUCUUCCUCCCCCCCUUUUCCCCCUCCUUUCUUGCCUUCCCUUCCCCUCCUCAUCCGUCAUACCCUUGAGGCGUGGUAUCUUUUUUUCUUUCUCUCCCCAUCUUCUUGGAUCGUUCUGCGUGAUUGUUAGGACCAGAUCGACUACACAAAACGCGCCGCGCAAAAAAGGGCAGUGCUCGGGUCAAUCAAUAACCCAACGAACUAACUUAUCACCGCGUCUUUCCGACCCCGUCAAGUCCGCAAAAACAACCCCACGUUCGAGUACGCUUCUCCCUUCGUCCCGUUUAUCAAUGCGCUGGAAAGAGACAUUGGCUAGAAAAUGAUAUAUUUAUCUGUUCAACUCGCUGACUCCCAUCUCCUUCCUACCAAAGUGUUUUAAGAGACCCAGGCCCUUGAAACAAACAGACCAUGGAGAUUGAGUCGCGCCCCUCAACCCCCGAACCGGGGCCCAGCCAGGACGUAUCCCCGUCGGCCUCGCCCUCACCGGGAGAUAGGAGGAAGUCUGGUCGAGUGACGCGAAAACCCGACUUAUAUUCCCAGAGCUAUAGCGCUCCCAAUGGUGCGACUGCAGGCGGAGCCAAACGAAAACGUGCAGCUACGGGUGAAGAAGAGAAUGACGAGGAACGAGAGGACGAAGAAGACGCGUCGGAAACCGAGAGCGAGGAUAUCGACGACCAGGAUCCCGACGAGGAAGAACUUCGAGAAAAGAAGCGUGCUGCACGCAAAGCGGCGGCGAAGAGAGGCGCUGCGGGGACGAAGUCCAAGGCUAAAUCCCAGGGGUCGAGAUCUGCGAAGAAACCCAAAGUUGCAGGCAAUGGAAUUGGGAGCCAGCUGGCUCUGCGACCGGCUGCGAAUGGAGCAAAACCGGCGUCACGUCCUAGAAAACCGAAAGUUCGACCUAGCUUGGCGGCUGGCGAAACUGGUCUAUAUGCUGAGGUCUUUGGGAAAGGCCGUAAUCCCGAGACAGUUGCUGCGGACUGGCUCACCAAAUAUCAUCAGGAACCCGUCAUUGCGAUGCGCGAUAUGAUUAAUUUAGUUCUUAGGUGCUCGGGAGCCGACGUGGAAGUGACGGAUCAAGAUAUUGAGGACCCCGAUCACAUUGCACCUCGUGUCAGGGACUUGGAAAAUCAGUACCAUGACCAGGGCAUCACUGAAUACCCUCUGGUUUCAAAAUCGAGAAAGUACAGAUCCUUCCAGCUUAUCCUCGAAAACUUUUAUACAGCACUCAUGCAGACUUUCCACCAUUCUUCCGCGCUAUACGACGAGAAAAUCAUGUACGAAAAUCUCCAUUCUUGGCUAUCUUCGCUUUCAUCUUGUCACUGCCGACCCUUCAGGCAUACCGCAACCGUCAUCGCUCUUACGAAUAUGGGUGCUCUCUGCGAUAUUGCUCGCGAAGUAAUAACAUCUGUUUCGUCCUCCCGCAAGCAACUCGAGACUGAAAAGAAGAAGAAAACAGUCAAUAAAGGAAGGGUUGAGGCAAUCAAAUCCGCCAUUCAAGAAGGCGAAAAUAAGCUCGAAACAAUCGAUGACCAUCUCAAGGAUGGCGUGAACAUUUUCUUUGUCAACCGCUAUCGCGAUGUUGAACCCAAGAUCCGUGCGGAAAGUGUCGCAGCUUUGGGACGGUGGAUGCGCACCUACAAGGAAUACUUCUUCGAGGGCCAGUUCCUUCGGUAUUGCGGCUGGAUCACCUCCGACAGUGAUGUUCACACACGCUCUAUUGCACUGCGCCAGCUGAUCAGUGUGUACAGCAAUAAAGAUAACAUUGCUGGUGCACGGACAUUCACCGAACGAUUCCGCCAUCGGUUUGUGGAAAUCGCUGCUCAUGACGCUGAUGUUGGAGUUCGUAUUCUAGCGAUUGAACUGCUAGACCUCAUCCGUGAAGCCGGACUGAUGGAGCCCGCCGAUAUUGAUACAGUUGGUAAACUCAUCUUUGAUUCCGAUGCGCGAGUCCGGAAAGCAGCUGGUCACUUCUUUGUGGCGAAUGUCCAUGAUGUAUUCGACUCGAAUGUUGAGGAAGUGGCGGAUGAAGUUAAUGAAAUGUUUGGUGAUGAGGAUGAGGACGAGGACGAGUUUGAAUCGCCUAAACGGUCCUGGAUUAAAUUCAAGUGCCUCGUGGAUAUCCUUCAGGCCUAUGAUGUCCCAAGUGAAACCCCCGAUCAGCCUAGCCUGACACCACGAGACACCCUUUCCGGUAUCUCCAUGGACUCCCGAUUCGUGCUUGCGACUGAAGCUAUUUCCCCCCACUUUGAGGAGCUGGAGAGCUGGCAGUCUUUGGCUGGCUACCUGCUCUAUGAUCAUUCCCAGAUUCCCAGUGAACAAAGGGAUGGCGACAAUUCGGGGGCGGUUAAGAAACUGUAUAAAAUGGAAGAGGGCCAGGAAGUUAUCCUUUUGGAAGUUCUUUGCUGCGCCGUUAAAUUGCGUAUACUCGAAGUUGCCAAAUCCGACGUCGACAAACGAGGUCGCAGAGUCAAGGCCUUGACUGAUAGGAUCCCCGAACUCCAGGAGGAGAUCGCCCAUGGUCUAGCUCAAAUAAUUCCCCAGCUCCUGAACAAAUUCGGAUCUACACCGGAAGCUGCCUCUGCAGUUUUGCGUCUCGAACAUCUCGUUGAUCUUGAUAAGAUUCAGGAUCUACAAAAGGAUGCUGCGGCCUACACGUCCUUGUUGAACGAUAUCAACAAGCAGUUCCUAACGCAUUCUGAUCAAGACGUCCUAGCAGAAGCUAGUGUUGCCUUCCUUCACGCCAAGAGCUCUGACGAUAUGCGUGAAGCAUUAGAGGGCAAGAUCCAAGAGCUCUGGGACGAUGUGAUGGAUACUCUCCAUAGAUUAUCCCAUCGAAAGGAAGUCCUGAGUGAUAGCCCGAUAUCGCUACCGGUUUUGAAUGAGCUUAUCAAUACCGUAACAAGGAUUUCCAAUCUUUCAGGCGUAACAGAUUGCACACACAUCCUAGAGACGGCACCUUCGAGUCGGUCGAGAGGCAGAAGCACGGACCAGGCGGAGGCCCCAUUCAACAUUCUCCUACACCUGGUACAAAGAGGCCUUCGUGGUGAAACAAUGGGAGCCGAAGAUGAUGACGAGGAGGCGAGAGCUGAAAUCGAAGUUGUCAUUGGCAGCAUUCGGAUUCUUCUGUUUUACUUCAUGUGGAAAGUACAGAACUUGAGAGCGGCUUUGGAGGCGGGGAAGGCCAAGUUCAGCACAGCAUACUUCGAGGCUCUAACAAAGAGCCGCGAGACAUUCGUCGACACUCUUGUUGAUAUUAUGGAAGCACGAUCGGGCUUGGACGAGGUCCGUUUCUCUGCGACUACAACUCUGUUGGAUCUACAGACUUUAUUCGGUACAAUCCGUCAUGCUGGGCUAAACGUGGGCAACGAUGAAGAAGACAUGAUCCUCCAAACCCAGAGUCUGGUGCACGAGAUCGGCUCCGAUGUCCAAGACCUCAUAACGAAGAUCCACGGAAACGCACUACGGACAUAUGCCAAAAAGUCAGGGAUGGCGUUUGAGCCAGCAGAGGACGAUGCUCCCGCUUCCGACUCGGAACUGGAAAGGGAGCCAAUGGAUGAGGAGGAGGAAUUCGGUCUGGAGAAGCAAGCCCUAGCUAGUGAACGUUUGCGGUCCAAGAUCGUCGCCGAGCAAAGGCUGUGCGAAUUGACGGGCAAGAUCGUUCUGGCGAUCAUAGGCCGCAUUCUUGAUGCUUCUGGGUCAAAGAGUGGCCAUUUGAAGAAGAAGCUCCUCAAACAGAAAUCCCAGUACGGUCCUAAUUACCGCGAGGUCCUAGUCUUCCUUGAAGACCGUGCCCCCAAGCGUGCUGCCCCACGCGCUGCUCAAUCCAAGAGCAAGCACGCUGCUUCGGGCCCAGACAAACCCGCAGCUGGUGCCGCGAAGCGGGCCGGGGAACAUAAGUCGACCGAAAGAGUGGAUGAAGAGAGUGAUGCGGAUGAUUCUCCAGUUGAGGAUAACGACGAGGAACUUGAGGAAGACAAUAUCGACCAAGACGAGGACAAUGAGAACGAGAACGAGAACCCGGCGACACCUGAACCAGACGAGGAUGAAAUAAUGGGCGACUGAUCGAUUAAUUGAUUGAUUUAAUAGUUUGCCCUCUCUCUCUCUCUCUCUCUCUCUCUCUCUCUCUCUCUUUUCAGUCUCUUAGGUUUUUUUUUUAAAGGAAAAAUCUUUCUCUUUUGUUCCAAAACGGCGGAUACGGCGUUUGGCUGCAAAUUCAUUUCCAUGACGACUUGAUUGAUCCAUUUAUUCCCUUCCAUCUUCUCGCCGCAUCUUAAAUUUCUCAUCUCCUUCUCCUCUACUCGACUCCGCUCUACCUCUUACCUCUAGCUACCCAGAUCACCUCAUCUAAUACCUCUCUCUCAUCAAGAUUGUUGUACUGUGCCCCUCUUGAAAUCCAAAUUCUACUACGCUGACGAAUCUACCCAAUCACCUUUUUCUGAGAUCUACCUCACCAUCAUAUAUCUCUUUCACUUUCUUCUUCUUCUUCUUCUUCUCUGUUUUCUUUUUUUUUUUUUUUUUCAAAUAUGGUCUU